AUGGACGAGAACCGUCGGAACCGGGGCACAGCUGGCAAUGCUCACCAAAAGUACAGCGCGGGCAGGCACAAGGCCAAGCAAGGUUCGGCAGAAUGGGCAAAGAAGAGGACGAGAAGCAUUCAGCGCAUGAUUUCCCGCAACAACGAUAUCCCCGCCAAUCUGCGCAAUGACAUGCAGCGCGAGCUAGUCGCCCACGAGAACACCAUUGCCGAUAAGAGCUUUCAACGGCGAAGAAGCGCCAUGAUCUCAAAAUACCACAUGGUCAGGUUCUUUGAGCGCAAAAAAGCUGCUCGUCUAGUCAAACAGUUGAAGCGCAAACUUGAAGCGGCGACAGACGACGAAGAGCGCAACCAACUCCAGGCCGACCUGCACAUUGCCGAAGUCGACGAGGCAUAUACAAUGCACCACCCCCACGCCGAAAUUUACAUUAGCUUGUACGGCAAUGCCAAGAAGGAGGGCGGCGACGACGACGACGGCGCGGAAACGGAGAAGACCCCAGCCGCAAAGGCGGCUCUGGCCGCGGAGCGCCCACCAAUGUGGAAGGUGGUUGAGCAGACCAUGGAAGAAGGUGCGGACGCGUUGAGACAGCUUCGAGAACGACGAUCAGCGACCGGCAACGAGGAUGCGGGCGCAAGCUAUCCUCGAUCGCGUGACGCCAAGCCCGCGCCUCGAAAGGAAAGAAUGGCCACUGUCAUUGCCAAGCAGAAGCACGCGAAAAAUACAGACAAGGCGACGAGCGAUGGCAAGACGGCUUCUGCAGCAGUCAGUGAGCAACAGAACAGCGUCAAGACGAGCGGGCUGAAUCGUCGGGAGCGUCGCCGUCUCCAGCGCGAGGCCAUGGCCUCUACUGACCAGGAGGAGGAGGGUGGUUUCUUUGAGAUUUAA